AUGCCGAAGAUGAAGCAUCUUCUCCGGAAACUCCACAUCGGAGGAGGAAGUAGUAACGUAUUCGGAGACCAUCACAGGCUCGACGAUUCAACUAGACCGAUUCUCGAUCCUAUUCGUAGCUCUAGCCCUAGCCCAGCUUCGUCCGUCUCUUCUUCCGGUAACGCCGCCGCGACGACAAUGCCGAGACUAGAAACGUUUGAGCCUGCUGCGGAUGGUGUCGAUUUCAAUUUGAUGGAGGAGGAGUAUCAAGUUCAGUUAGCUAUGGCGAUCAGCGUCUCUGAUCCUGAUCCGAGAGAGAAUGCAGAUACAGCUCAGCUUGAUGCUGCUAAACGGAUUAGCCUUGGCGUUAAGGCUCCGGUCAACAACGUUGACUCGGGCGUUGACUUUUUGUCGCUCCGUUAUUGGUGA